GUUCGGACGUUGUGAGCAGCCAAGGAACUCCUCAUCAUGAAAAUGUUUAUGCUCGCCUGUCUGGUGGCUGUGGCCGCUGCUGCGCCACAGCAGGUCUUUGACGAGUUCGGCAACGUGGUGGUGGAGCAGCACAGUCUGCCCAAGAUCCGGCUGAUUUCACAGCGGUUUGUACAGGACGGUCGGGGCAACUACGAGUACGGAUACGAACAAGACAACGGACAGAAGGUGGAGGAGGUGGGCCGCAGCUUCCCGGGACCCGAGCCGGGGACGGGUAGCAUCAGCAAGGACGGCAGCUUUGAAUUUAUUUCGCCCGGGGGUCUGAAGUUCCGUGUCGACUACCAGGCCGAUGAGGGCGGCUUCAAGCCGUCGGGCGCCCACCUGCCCGUGGCGCCGACGCAGCUCCCGGAGUACGCCCAGCUGCGGGCCCAGCACCCGGAGCUCUUCAUCUCAUCCCCGUAGAGGCCCUGGCAUCGUAAAGGCUUACGCGACGCCGGCAUCGAGACCAGUCACCAACACCCGCGUCGUCAGUGCUUCGUGUUGUGUCUCGCAUGCUACCCAAGCUCUCCCUAAUGACUGCGGAAACAUGUCUGUGAAUGUCUCCUGUUCCGUCACGAGUCGAGAUGUGCGCCGAAGGCGGACAUCGCACCAUGUGUGAUAGAAAUGGGUUCAAGUCCUGGGAACUCAAGUCGAAGUGCAGCUAUAAUAAAUUGAUUGUGCUUCCUUUACGUCAAGACACAAUGAUCUAUAAUGUCGUGAUAGAAAAGGCUGCUAAGCAUUGUCGGAGGAUGGGAGUCAUUUGUAACGUGGUUCCAUCGUCAGUCGCCGUCAUCGCAGUGUCGCAGACAAGAUAUUUAAAUGUCGUGUAAGGGUCUCCUUUGACAAGCGUCGUAUUGGUGAUGAGCCAAGCGUCCGGCAAGCCGUGGCGAAGCCAGAGGACCUUGCAGGAUGCAUUCUGCUACUCCGUAAAAGAACGGGAACGAUAAUAGCUUUUCCGUCCUAGUCUUCAAUUUUAUGGUUGUGAUCACCUGGCCCAGAUAAUCUGGGCCGGCCGGCGCUAUUAUUCUGUCUCGUUAUCGACUG